AUGGGAUCUUUUCUCCCCAGGAUGGAAAGAAAGAACCUCUUCCUAAGCCUAUUGCUCUGCUACAAUUUGCUCAGAGCUACCAAGUCUCACAUGGUAAUCGAGGAGAAGAUAGAACGCAACCUGUCAAGGAACAACAAAAUGAACCUAUCAGAUCUCCCACCCAUCUCCAUAGUAGACUUAACUAAAAGAUCCCAGAGAGUCAGCAGGAAAGAGGCAGAGAACAAGAAAUCUUCCAAGAAAAAAGCUGAACUGAAGAAACCUCCAAAACCAAGGCCCACACCUGCAGCUGACUGCGUGCCAAACUUCAAAACCUGCAAACCACACUUGAAUUCAUGUUGUAACUACUGUGCCUUGUGCAAAUGCCGAAUAUUUCAGACCAUCUGCCAAUGUCUAACGUUAAACCCAAAGUGCUAA